AUGUUCUUCUGCUGCUGCAACGAGGAGCGGGAGGGCUUCGAUGCGGUUGCCGUGGAUGGCGAGCGCACGCACGGACUCGUCAAGUCGACUCCGGCCCUUGCGGAGUCCAUGAUGGCUGAAAGUGGCCUAUACAGUGUUCAGCUUCAGCGCGGAACAGAUCGGAAGUGGGAUUUGGCCCUGGAGAAGUCAGACGUAGACCACUUGAUGAUCAAGAGGAUUACCAACGCUGUGACGGAUUGGAACAAGAACAACCCCACGAACAUGCAAAUUAGCGUCUACGAUCGCAUCAUCGAAGUCAAUGGCCUGCGCGCCUCUGGAAAGGAGCUCGCAAAAGCUUUGGAAAACACUUCGGAGGACCAGGUGAGUCUAUUGCUUCAGCGGCCACACACACGAACUCUCAUUCUGAAGCGGCCUGGGAAGUUGGGGAUCAUCGCGAACUACAUGCCAAACUACUCCCUUAAGCCGUGGAUCGACACCAUUGCAGAAGGUUUGGUUCACGAUUGGAACAAGGUUAAUAUUGAUGCCGCUAUCCGAGAGCACGACCGAAUAAUGUCUGUCAACGGUGUGUCCAAUCCACCGGAGGAUGUGGUCCACCAAAUGCGGAAACCUGAUGCAGACCUCGAGAUAGUUUGUUUGCAUUAUCCGAACUGUUGA